AUGGAGCGGGCCUACAGAGGGGGUAAUAAAGCCAAGUCUAAGAAAGAGAAGGUUCUUGCUGCUGCUGCUGCAGCAACAGCAGCAGCAGAAGCAGCAGCAGCAGAUUCUGCAGGCACUGCUCCUGCUGCUGCUGAGGAGGAGAAGAAGGCCAAAAGGCAGAGGAAAACAGCAAAUGGAGUUGACAGCAGCAGCAUUGCUGCAGAGCAGCAGCAAAAGAAGCGCAAAGUGCACAAGCAGCAGCAUAAACAACAAGAAGAAGAAGGAGAAGAAGAGGAGCAGCAGCAGGAGCAGCAGCACGAUGACCAGCAGGAGAAUCACACAGCGGACGAAGACGAAGGCAGCGAGGCGGAAGUCGAGCAGCAACAGCAGCAACAACGGCAACAACGGCAGCGACAGCAACAGCAGCAGCAGCAGCAGCAGCAGCUGAAGCUGCCCGACUGGACAGAUCGAUACGUCCUUGUCCCCGACGAAGCAGCAGACAGCGAGGAAGCAUCUGCUGCGUUGCUGCAGCAGCUGCAUCCUGCUGCUGCUGCUGCCUUCCGCAGGCUAAUUGGGAGCACAUUCUUCCCCAUUCAAUUGGCCGUCAUACCCCAUUUGCUGCGUCUCCUUGAACUUCCCUUUGGCUCCCCUGAGGCUAGCGAUGUCUGUGUGCAUGCAGCCACAGGGGAGGGAAAGACUCUUUGCUAUGCCUUGCCGCUCAUCAGCCAUCUCUUCAAAUCCGUGGUCCCUCGGCUACGCUGCGUGGUGUUAACACCAACAAGGGAGUUGGCGUUGCAGGUGGGGUUUGUAUUUAACUUAAUAGCUGGGGAUCGGGAUCGGGAUCGGGACCGUGAGGGAGACGAUCCCGGGGGAGACGAUCCCGGAGGAGACGAUCCCGGAGGAGACGAUCCCAGGGGAGAUGUUCCUAGAUCGUUGAAGGUGGUCUGCUUGGCGGGGGAGACUGCUGCUGCUAAGAGACACAAUCCAGCAGCAGAGACAGCAGCAGCAGAAGCAGCAGCAGAUGUUAUUGUCUGUACACCUGGUAGAUUUGUUGAUGCAGCACAGGUGUACAUACAGUGCAAGAAGAGGGGCAUUAAGGGACGGGGGCCUUCGUUUGAGGCCCUUCAAUGGCUGGUUCUUGAUGAAGCGGACAGACUCUUGAGACAGUCCUACCAUGGCUGGUUAGAUGUAUCUCGUCUAUUGGCAACAUUAAGAGGAGAAGGAGGAAAAGGAGAAGAAUUUAAUUCUUUAAUGCAGGUCCCUCCUGUCCGCAAGAUCCUUGUAUCAGCAACAAUGACAAGGAAUCCAAAGGCAUUGCAUGACCUGCAGCUCUAUAAACCCCUCUUCUUCUUCUGCUCACCAACGGGUUCCUCCUUAACCCCCGCUCAGCUGCAGCAGAAGUAUGUGUUAUGUAGACCGGAGAAUAAACCCCUUGUUCUUAUCGCUCUUCUUUAUCAGCUUGCCAAUGCAGCAGCAGCAGAAGCAGAAGCAGCAGCAGCAGCAAAAGAAGAAGAAAAGAAUACUAAUAAACACGGAGGUUUACGAGUAGUGGUUUUCUGUGGCUCACGAGCAGCAGCUCAUCGGCUGUCGCGGUUGCUGCAGUUGCACUUCCUCUCUGAUAAAAGGAGGCUUAUGGAAUUCGUUCCGCCAUUUGACGCGGACGCCACGCCAGACAGCAGCAGCAGCAACAACAACAAUGAUAAUAGCAGCAACAGCAGCAGCAGCAAUGAUGAUAGCAGCAGCAGCAGCAGCAGCAAUGACAAUAGCAGUAGCAGCAGCAGCAGCAACCGGUAUCCCCGUGGCAUAAGCGAGUUUAGCGCGAGUCUCUCUCAGCGCGACCGUCAUCGUCUAUUGAAGAACUUCAAGUCCGUCAUAAACCCUAAACCCUAA